AUGGCGUCGUGCGUGGCCGCGAUGGCGCUCGCCGGCGCCCGACCUGCGUCUCACGCCCCUGGCCCCGUGGCGGCCAGCUACAGUGGCCACGCGCAGCUUAGCUUCCAUCGCCGCGGCGCUCGCGCUCGGGUCAUCCGCGCCUCCCACAGCCGCCCACACCAUCCCUCUUUUGCGCGUGAGGACGAGGGGGUUCUGGAGUGGCUGACGGGCGCGGCCGCGGCGCUCGCCAUCGUAGCCCAGAUUUCCGUGUCGCUGCCGGCGAACGCGGUGCUUUACUCGCCUGACACGAAGGUGCCGAGGACCGGGGAGCUGGCCCUGAGGAGGGCGAUCCCCGCUAACCCGAACAUGAAGGCUAUACAGGAAUCGCUGGAGGAUAUUUCCUACUUGUUGAGGAUACCGCAGAGGAAGCCAUACGGUUCCAUGGAGGGCGAUGUGAAGAAGUCCAUCAAAAUAGCAAUGGACAACAAGGAGGCGAUCCUGGGAAGCAUUCCUGCAGAGCAUAAGGAGGAGGGUGCCAAGCUAUAUACUUCACUACUCGAAGAGAAGGGUGGUUUUCAGACUCUCUUGAAAUAUAUUAAGGAGAAUGACCCUGACAAACUUUCUAUAGCACUUGCUUCGUCACUUGAUAUUGUUGCUGAAUUGGAGCUGUUACAGGCUCCUGGUCUGUCCUUUCUCCUGCCCCAACAGUACUUAGAAUAUCCAAGGCUAACAGGAAGAGGAGUUGUUGAAUUCACAGUUGAAAAAGGUGAUGGUUCAACAUUCUUUCCAACUGGUGGCGGUGAACCGAAAAGUGUUGCUACGAUUCAGGUCAUUAUUGAUGGGUACUCUGCCCCACUGACUGCUGGAAACUUUGCAAAAUUGGUCUUGGAUGGGGCAUAUGACGGGGUAACACUUAAAUGUGCAAGCCAGGCAAUUAUUGCUGAUAAUGAGACUGGAAAAAACGGGUAUACUGUUCCAUUAGAGGUCAAGCCAGCAGGACAAUUCGAACCAUUGUACAGAACUCCACUAAGCAUUCAGGAUGGAGAAUUGCCAGUCCUGCCGAUGUCGGUGUAUGGUGCUGUUGCCAUGGCACAUAGUGUGGAUUCAGAUGAAUACUCCUCACCAACACAGUUCUUUUUCUAUCUUUAUGACAAGAGAAACUCUGGCUUAGGAGGAAUAUCGUUUGAUGAGGGACAAUUUUCAGUUUUCGGGUAUACCACGGAUGGAAGAGAUGUUCUGUCCCAGAUUAAGACCGGAGAUAAAAUUCGUUCUGCCAAGCUUGUACAGGGCAGAGAACGCCUUGUGCUGCCAUCAACAGCCCCCGAAGAGAGCUGA